AUGUCAAGUAAGAUGUUAGUCGACUCUCAGUACAUUCAACUGGAAGGAUUAAGUGACAGCAGUGAAAUGUCGCUGCGUUUGAGUCUGUUGAGUGGAAGAAAUUCUCGAAGGGUUUCAGAUAAUUCUUUGGCGGAAAAUUCACUUCAAAGGAGCAUAGAUGAAACAGUGGAGCGAAACCCAUGCAAGCGCAUGGGACUACAUCAGGUACGACGUCAAAAUAGUACAUAAUAGUAAAACUCAAUCCUUUGUUACUUUAAAAAAUACAACUAGGAGAAACUGUAUUGUACAGAUGUAGCUACAUCACGGGAACAUAGUUCUUACUCUUUGACUUCGAGAAAGUAUUAUAGAUGAAAUUAAUUUCUACAUUUGUCACCCUCAAGUCAACUCUACAGGUUCAGUUUAAACGCAAUUACUUUGAGGAAAAAAAAAAAACAAUUUGAAUUACUUGAAGCGUCACACUCCACUAAUUACAUGUUCUAGUUAAUUUGAUACUUAGCAUGACUAACGUUGUGAGAGAGAAAGCAUCUUCCAGUCGAGUAUAAAAUGAAUUAUAUUCCAGCCACUGAGAAACAAUUUCGAGUAUGUUAUCUAUGUCAUAAAGUCAUGGACUAACAGAAUCGAAUGCCACUGGCAAUCUCUUGGAGCAUAUAUAAUUCACUUUUAUAACAAUAGCAGCUGAAGUUAUUAAAUAUCAAAAAUAUUUCCAGUGACAUACUUUUUGUCUGUCGAGUGAGUAAUGUCAAUUUUCAGUGGACAAAAACCUUGUACCAGUGAUAAUAUUUUAAGCUAUAUCGCAUUCUUUUUUACCCUUUUCAAGUAAGGGCUAUAGAUAUAAUUAGUUAUCUGUCAUAACACCAACGACAAUUUCUUAUGGGAGCCGAGAAAAUAUUUAAAAUUUCACAGGAAUUGAGGAAACUAACGCCGGUAAAAUCUUCAUGCCGUUAAGAUUUCAUUUUGUGAAAUUUGAAGCAUUUGAAGUUUAUUUUCUCGGGCUCCCAUUAGAACGUUUUCUAGGUGUUAUUUCAUCUAACUUAUUACAUUUUUAGCCCUCGAAAAGUGUAAAAGGGGAUGCAAUAUGCUUAAAAUUAUUCUGGUACAGGGUUUUUGUCCACUGAAAAUUAACGUUACUCAAUUUCCAAAUGGAUUCCGUCUUACAGUGUAUUUUUCUUAACGUCAUAGACAAACAAACGGCUAUUUUCACGCUGUAACGGCGUCUAACGUGCUCUCUUUCACCUUGCACAGCGUGAUAUUCUUAUAUUUUCAUGUCAUAAUCAUAACAUCAAUCUUAAAACAAAAAAAAAAGGUACAAAGUUAAAGGCAAAUUUUUCGAACGAAGUACGAUUUACAAUAUGUCGCAUCUUAACAAUAGGUAAAAAAUGUAAACCAAGAUUUUAUCGCCAAAUUCAUGUUUUUUCAUUAGAUUUCCUUGCAAUUGAUUUUUCAAGAACUCAAUAUUUUUCAUGACCCCCUCUUGCCCUGAAGCUUGAUCCUCUCUUAAAAAGUUUUAUGACGUGAAAAUGCAUGGCGAAUAAAAGUUCAAAGACAGUAAGCACAAAAAAGAUGAUCUCUUUGCUUCUCUCCACUCCUAGCCCUCGCAAGAACGUUUACUGAACGCAGACUUGUAUGAAGCAAGGACCACAAAAAUAUCUUAAGCGCCUUUUCAAAGGAGCAAAAAAAUGUUACGUAACUUUGCAAAGCCAUUCAUAUUUCAACUGCUUGUGCAGGAACAAUGACGAAAAAUGGACUAACCAUAAGGAAAAGUAACCUCCAACCUUCUUAGAAUCAAAAGUCAUUCAUUAGAUGUUUAGAGUUUUUCCUUUUCUUUGGGAUUUCUUCCAAGUUAAAAAUGGAGGAAAAGCCUGUGAGAAUUAUAUUGUGCGGGACAUAUGGGGUCGUAUUAAUCUCACAUUCAAUUUCUAAUUAACUUUCUAACUUCAAUGCAAGAUCAUUUCUCUCGUUCACCGAGUCGCACACUUAUUUUUUGCAUUACGUUUUCUUGUGAUUAAACUACAGGCAACUUUGGGGAAAAUAAGUAAUACUGAACAUUUGUAACACCCAUAACAGCAUAUUUUUAAAGUAUAUAACAUCAUACUAAAAUGCCUUCAAUUUUGUAAAUGUUGACAUUACUUUUAGUCUCAUAAAAAUCCAUCAACCUUAGUAAUUUGCUUGUCCUGAUGAUAUAUUCAAUGGCUUAAACGAGGUAUUAUUAAAAGAGUUAAUGAACAAGAGUUUACAAAUAAAUAUGCCCAACGCAAAAAGUGCUGAGAUCUACUAAUUAAUGAUUUUAAAAGCAUAAGCUAGAAAAGUGAUAAAAGCGAUGGUUUGAUAAGACGCAGCACGCAAUCUAUCAUGACUACUGCGUUAAUAAUGGAGUUAAAUUCAUGAGAAACACUUUUAUGUCGUAAAUCUUGGUAUUUGCAGAUACAAUUACAUAUGGACAUACUCGAGAAAAAAAUGAACUUUAUUUGAUUGUCAAUGCAUUCAGCACAAAAUUCCGAGUUUCUCCUUCCGGAGACGAGCCGUCAUUUUACGUGGUCAUCCGGACCACCCGGCGAAGGUCUAGCCAUUUGCAGGGCAAAGGCAAUACCUUAAUUUCUAAGUCAGUAUUUUAAGACCCUGAGUAUUGGCCCGGCGCCUGGGUUUGCCGGGUUAAUUGUAUGGUGACUGCAUUUCAGGCUUCUUACAAGGCAAAAUGCCUUUCUUUGAGUGAACAUUUUUCACCCAGAUGAGCAAAGAGAGAAAAUGAAGGGAUCGUUCACUUUCCUUGCGAUUUCAGCUAGGACCUUAGAAAUAGGAAUUUUGGUGAUGCGAUACCCGAGGGGUAAAAAGAAACUCAAAUAGGAAGCGCUCUCCUUCAUUUGCAGUUAUGUCCCUAAAGCCUCGGAGUCGCCUUUUGUCUUUAGGCUAUUGUUACUGCAUGAAUAAUUAAUUAUAUUUUAAAAAAGUACUGUUCUACGUGGAAUUCUGUCAGUGUUGUUGACUUUACUUCAUCUGAUGCUGAUGAAAGUAGCCGUUUUCAAAAUGAGUGAAUGAAUAAAUGGAUGAAUAAAUAAAUGAACGAACGAAUAAACGAAUAAACGAAUAAAUGAAUGAAUGAAUGAAUGAAUGACUGCGCUUUUUAACUUUCCCAGGCUUCGACACGAUAACAAACUUAGUUGUUAAGUUUUGGCGGUUUAAACUAGUGAAAGAGGUUUUUGAAAGCCGAAGUUUGACUCACCUUGAAAACAGAAAUAAACCGACAAAAUAGGCAAAUCAUGGCAAAGUUCAUCAUCUUAUUCAACUUUCACCUUAAGAAGCAUUUAAUAGAAUUGUAAUUUCGAGUUGCCCCAACCCUCUGUUUCAAAGCGAACCUGAGCUUGUUUCUAAGCUUAUUUUCUGUGGUCGCUUAGGGGAAGUUCGUCUGCAUUUCAGUUCAAUCUGGUGUAAGACGACCUGGGGUACCGAACCAUAGUGUGAUGUGUGGAUUUCUUUAUUUACCCAUCUUGAAAUACCAUGCUAUGAAAUAAAUUUGCGUCCUUAAUCUUCCAGGCAUGUCGUGAUGGUUUAACAUGUGUGGUGGAACAAUUGAUCAAACAGAACCCAUCAGCUUGUAAAGAACAAGACAAAGAUGGCCUCACACCGCUUCAUCACGUGGCCAGGGGAAACUCUCUUCAAAUUAUUCAAUCACUGUUGGACGCUGGAGCGGGUGAGGAAACCUUUUUGCUCUUUGAAAGGAUGAUCGUGCAGAGGGUUGGAAAUGGGGUUCAUUUCUCACUCUGAGAAACAAACCCAGUCAGAGGGCGGAGUGGGAUUCUGAUACCGUAUUUCUGUAUUACUUUUUCUACUUAAUUAAAGGUGCUGUGUCAUGGAAAUUGUCAAACUUCAAACAGUGACAACUGCCACCAAUUUGAGUGAAACUAAAAAGUAACUGAUCAAAACAUGAAAAGAAGAUGUUAAAACCAGUUGUCAGAUACAUAAUACAUGAACAAAAGGAGACAGGGAAGGACAAACUGGUUCAACAGAAAAAGAAGACUGAAACGUAUUGCAAUUGUGGUUUUUGAAAACUUGUUAGCUUAACAGUUUUUCAUUUUUGUUGUUUGCAACGUUUGAUAUAAUGCUUCUGAGUCAUAUUCGUUUGACACAAUGCUGUGAUUUUGUCAUUCACAAGUAAUUUCUUAUUUUUAAUAACAACAUGACCCAAAAAACCAUGACACAGCGGCUUUGAAUAUGAGUUUUUCUUGGUAGAUGUCAAUGCUUACGCCUCAAAGGAGAGCGCCUUCGCGACACCGCUGAUCUGCGCCAGCAAGUUUGACUCACCAGAAGCGUGCCGUUUGCUCAUUAAACGAGGUGCACACGUCGAGAAGAAAAAUUGCAGUGGUCAGUCACCCCUCCACUAUGCUUCCCGGAAAGGCCAUACUCGUGUUUUAGAGGUGAGUCAUAAGAGUGAAUUAUCUUUUUUUGCUGUGAAAGACUUAACUGGAAAACUUACAAUACCCUCUCGGUGAUAGAAAUAAACCGCUCAUUAAAUUUUAAUUUCCAGCCAGAGCGAUAGCUUAAUUAAUAAAAUGCAAAAUAACCUGCUAUCAGUGGCCAUAACUGAUACCCAUUUACAUCCAUCCAUCCAUCCAUCCAUCCAUCCAUCCAUCCAUCCUACCAUCCACGCAUCCAUCUAUCCAUGCAUUCAUCUAUAUCCAUCCAUCCAUUCAUCCAUCCAUCCAUCCAUCCAUUCGUCCAUCCGUCCACUCAUGCACCUAUUCAUGUAAACAAGAAUUGUGCGAACAACUGAUAACUUAAAGUACCACAUGAAGAUCGAUAUUUUGAGCAGGUGAUGACGCAAGUAGCUAUCUAUUUGUCAUUAGCACCUAAUUGUACUAGUGACUAUUAAAAACACGCUAUGUAAAAUAAAGUUUCACAGCCAGAGAUUUGAAACCAACCCGGAUCAGUUCUCUAAUAUAUCUCUUGUUCAAACCAUUGGCCUACGAACGUUUAAUACUCUACACUUGCUUAUUUGACUUGUUAAGGUUCUUUUGAACGACGGAGGAGCACCGGUUAAUCUGGAAGAUAACGAUAAAGCUACUCCUCUCCAUGCUGCAGCACAGGCGGGUCAAACACAAGUCAUUCAAAAGCUGGUCAGUCAUUCAAUGUUAAUAAAUUUUAAUUAAAAGACUUAUUAUCAUCCCAUGCAAAUUUUCUUUCUUUUCAUUGGCCGAGAGCCCACCGCUUGACCUGCAAGUAAUUGCCUACAAAUAAUGGUCUGCUCAUGCGCAAUGUCGUCUAAUUGGGUUUGGCUGCAAAUAAUAUUCUGCUCUAAAUAAAACCUCACUUUUCUCCUUCUUGCGAUCACUCUUGCGUGAAAAUGGCAGAUCGCUUCGCCUCUCGAAGAUGUCCAUUCUCGGUGAUCGAAUGAUAAGACAAUUAUGAGCAGUCAGGAUUAUUCAUGGAAACGAAAUGUUGUGCCUCGUUUGGUGGAACUAUGAGUCAAAUGAUGGAAAAGAGAAUUAACCGGAGUAAAAAAAAGGAGUGCUGCAAAAAUCAACAUGGGUUUUCACCCCGGAGUUAAUUCUCUGUUCCAUUAAUUUUGGAAAAAGGUUGCGCUUAUUCAUGAGACUGUCGAUAAUAAUUGUAACACGUUCUAAUUGACUUUACAAAAAUGAUAAAAACAAGGAUUUAUCACAAGUGGAGCUACACGUUGGUUCCUCAUCAACCAUGUCCCUGGUCGAAUGCUUCAUUUCCGAUUUCUAACUUUUCCCCUUUUCAAAAAUGACUUGAGCAAUCCUGAAAUGGUCUAAUGUUAUUCGGAAGUGUUGGUCUAAUCCUUAUGGAGGGAGUAAAUACCGGAGAAUGAGCCAACUCACCUCAGAUCGGAACCAAGAGUCACACCUGUGCCAUAUUCACGGAGAUAAAUUGAUUAAUCGACUGAACUAUGUCUGGAGCCCAUAUGGAUCGGCAGGGCUUUUGAAAAAGGAAUUGCCAAGGACAGUCGAUGUUUAGUUUUAAAAUUAAUGAAAACUGAACAAAUAUUAAUUAUCCAUAGUGUGCUAUCUUUUGGUAGGUAUUGUAUGGGGCAGACAUGUCUCUUCGAGAUAACGAUGGCUACACACCCUUUCAUCUUGCGGCAAGAGAUGGUCAUGUUGAAGCUUUCAAAGAAAUGCUUAGAAAAGGUUAGAUUAUAUUUUGGAAUUCUUUACAAUCAAAGCUAUAUAAAGCAAAUGUCACUUCAUUUGCAUAGGCUCGGAUACUUUUCUAAAACCUAUUUUUUCGUGUGCCAACUUUUUUCAAAAUUUAUUAGAAGGUAAAAACAUUAUUUUUUAAAAAAACUGAUUCGCUCGCGCGCAAGGACAAUUACGCGCAUGAAUGAGAUACAUUUUCCUCACGUCGCGUCAUUUAUACGUUGUUAAAAAUGGAAAACUAUGGACUCAAAAAAACUUUAUUUUAUUACGGAAAAAAAGAGUUUGAACUAAUUAACACUUGUUUCCAAUUCUUUGGAUUUAUGGGACACUUGAUCGACGUUUACCACCUGUGAAUGGGAGUGUUUGUUUUUAUAAUCAGUUAUGGAUGUUACGGUUGGCAGCAGGAAAUUCACCUCUUCUUUCAGAGAUAUGUUUUUCAUGAACAACAAAAAAAAAACAUGGAAACGUCAAAACGUUCAAAGGCAGUGACCAUUGAACAACUCUAUUUACGUGGCUCCUAUUUCAAACGUAUUAUUGCGAAUAGCAAAGUAUACUACGUAUUAUUCCGUCCAAGUUUUGCUGUUGUGUAGUAUAUAAGGCUCUUUCAGAUAAGGAAUAGUAGGGGACUCAAGAACUAUACGAGUUAGUCCACCCAAUUUUAGAAAACCUUACAUUGUAAAAAGGAAACGUGAAAAAAAAAUGUUAGAAAAAGUAAUACAUAUAAACUGUUAAGCAUGAUUGAAAACUGCGCUAUGAUUUUAUGUCUAAGUAACAUGUGAGCAAUUAGGAUCAAAGCCCAGGAUUAGCUGCUCUCUAGCUAGGUUUCUAAUCCUUGAAUUACCUAAGUUAAAUCAGUAUACAGGUUAACCAGUGAAAACCUUAGAAUUCAAUUCAAAUGUAUAAAAACCACGACGAGCCACGAACAUUUUAUUGAAGUUAUGAUUAAAAAUCUAUAGCUAUCAUAAUUGUCACCCAUUCACGUCUGUAUUAAUUAAUCAGACUUCGGCUAUCAGAUUUGGAUUCCACCUACGGUCUCUACUAAGCCCACAUAGUAAGUCGGUUUCCAAUCGGACGAGUUAUUUCGCGAAAGUUGGAGCGAGAGUCCCAAACUUUCUAGCCUAGUCUCUACUCGCCCAGUACCUCAACUGUUGUACAGAGUGGACAGAAGUCUAUAAAUAAAAAAUAUUUAUUUCCGAUAUUUCUUUAUUUACAGCCAAAUAUGGUGGAUUAUCAAUCCGGACCUUGUUAAACAGCCCUGAUAACUAUGGGAACGUAUGCCUACAUCUGGCUAUUAAACAUAAAGAGGCGAGUGACAGAUAGCGAUUGCCGUCUCCUUUUAUUUUUAGUGUGUUCAGCUGUCAAUCAAUUAAUCAAUCAAUCAAUCAAUCAAUCAAUACCUUUAUUAAACUGUCAACUGUGAUAGUAGUUCAUAUCAUCUAGGUGGAAACCCUACAAAGGGUGGGUAAAUAUACAGCAUUGAAGUAGGGAUCUUGAAGCCAGUUUCUAUAAAGCACAGUUCUGUUUUGUUUGCCUAUUUCUUCCUGUUUGAAUUUAACGGUGCUACACGAGAGAACCUUUCAUGUUAAGGAAGAAUACCGCCACACUACAUCAACAUCUCUAUUUGUUGUAUUUUUGUAGAUCAUGCAACUGUGCCUGGAGGCCGGAGCUGAUAUAAGUACUACACAGGUAGAAAAGUCACAAAUAAAUUAUUUUUAAUAGUGUUAUUUGAAAUAUUCCAGAGGCGUGUUUGAAUAAAUAAAUUGGGUGAUUGAACGAAAAAAUGAAUGAAUGAUUGAAUGAUUGAAUGAAUGGAUGGAUGGAUGGAUGGAUGGAUGAAUGAACGAACGAACGAAUGAACGAACGAACGAAUGAAUGAGAAUAUGGGGCUCUUUGAGGGUCAAAAAUGAUGUAUCGCAAGCAUUUGUAUAAAAAGUUCCCACUAUUUUUAUAGAGUUCCAUUUUUUUCUGACCAAUUUCUCAGGAAGAUCUUUCGACUCCAUUACAUCUUGCCUGUAGUCAGGGUAACUUGGAGAUAACUAAGCUGUUGGUAAACCACGGAGCAAAGAUUGAAAGAGAAGAUGGCGAUGGAUUAACUCCGUUACUCAGGUAGCUUUCAUUCAAAACCUUUUUAAACGACUUUUAAAUUCAGAUGACUGACUAAUUUAGAUCAACAAUGGAGGCCAGAGAAACUUGGGACUGUGUGGAAAAAUCCUUCCAAGAAACUGUUACGUAUGACUCAACUCCUAAUGACAAUUCUUGGAUCAGCUUUGGUUUCAUCUCCCCCCCCUCCCCCAGCAAUAUUGUGGCCAAAAAACGAUUCAUUUCGACCCACUUUGCUCAAAAUUCAACUUUAUUUGAGUUGGAGGGAGGCGUCGCUAGUUUUACUAAUAUAACUGGAAAGGUUCCGACACCUUUGACCUCCAUUGGGAUCUUUGAAUUUCUCAGUGUGUAAGCAGAUUUUGGUUCUGAUAAUAUCGCUCCACCUUUUGUUAUUCCCUGGGCGAAAAACUGAUCAAAUGCAGACUUGACGUUCUUGUCAGUACCUUGAAAUAACAGAUGAUAAGCAGCAGCGUUUGACCUGUUUUUAUUACUGUUUACUCCACGGCAAGUUAAGGGAAAACGCCUCGCCGAAAAAACGUUUUAAAAGAGGAAAUAAAACUUUUUAAAAUGGCAACGGUUUUCUCCAACUAAUUUCUUGGAGUAGUCCUCUUUUUUAUCUUUUUUGUGUUAUAAAGGUAUAUUCCCAGUGUGUUAUUGCUCAGUCUCUUAGCAUCUCAAAGGAAAAAAUUUGGAUAGACAAUUUUUUAUGUGCUAAAUUUUCUUAUUUCAGAGCUUCACUUGGAGGACAUGUACCAGUCAUUAGCUACCUUCUUGACCAGGUAAAAAUAUCGGGAAAAUACUAUAUCGAAGUCUUUGAUUUCUCCAUUGAUAACAGCCACCAAUGUUUCUUCUGUUAGGGAGCACAACUGUACCCUACGACAAACACCUGCACCCCCUCCCCUCUGAUGUGUGCAGUCAAGCGGAGCCAGCACGACGCGGUCAAAUUUUUCCUGGCCCGCGGUUUUCCAAUGAAUCUUACAGAUAUGAACUGGCGGACAGUUCUUCAUGUAGCUGUGGCAUGUGCUGAUGUUGAAACAGUGGACUUGAUUCUGGCGGUAUGAAAACUAUAAUGUUUAUGGAUAUGUAUUAAAGUGUGCCUAACAUAAAAACAUUUUCUAUUUUUGAGAUAGGUGAGACUGUAAAACAUCAAAGUUAAAAGUCAUAAACAAGAAAAUGAAAAAAGACGGAUAUAUAGAAGGAUUUUUAAAUAGCGAGCUUCCAAUUAAAGCCUCUCUCUCGGUUUCCACUGAAUACAGAUCAUACAGGCCUUUUUUUUAUCUUCGGAGAACUUGGGACAUUCAGUAUUGAUGGCAAGAUUUUCAUUAUAUUUCUUUGACAUCCUCUGCACAAAAACGACGGGAAAUUUCCUUAUGCCUUGUUUUUGGAGAGGAGUACUUGACGAAAUUUUACGACAAACAUACGCCCUUUAAGAUCCCAUCCCUUCGAAUGUUCAUGGAGCUAGGCGGAUAGCCUUUCGUUGAACUGAAUUAAAUGGCAGCUGUCAACUAUCAAUGAGGAACAAAAGUGUUGAGACACUUCCAUAAAAAGGCCCUUUUUAGUCGCGUAGUGGAUGUAUCUACCCCCUACCCCUGUGUACUCCUACCCCUUUCUCCCAAAAAUCUAUAUUGUACUUUAAAACGUUAAGUCUGUCUUCAACUACAAACAACAUUAAUUGAUUCGUGGGUGGGAGAUUUAAGGUGUUAAAACAGAAUUAAUUGAUACAUGAAUAAAAUUGUUGAUAAAGCGGGUUU